AAAGAAGGAUGUAAUAAGGAAUGUGAGAUGACCUCGAAAUGUUACCCUUCAAAGGAAGAAGAGGAUUCUCAAAAUGCGAUUGAAGGUUCCUCCUGCUCUCAACCAGUUCACCAAAAUCCUUGACAAGAACCUUACUACAAACCUUUUCAAUAUGCUCCUUAAGUACAGGCUUGAGGACAAAGCUGCAAAGAAGGAGCCUCUUGUUAAAAGGGCUCAAGCUGAAGCCGAAGGAAAAACUCCUGAAAUAAAGAAAUCCAUUAUUGUGAAGUAUGGGCUUAAGCACAUCACUUACCUUAUUGAGCAGAACAAAGCUCAGUUAGUAGUGAUUACUCGUGAUAUGGACUCAAUAGAGUUGGUUGUCUGGCUUCCUACACUUUUCAUAAAGAUGGAAAUUCCUUACUAUUUUGUGAAGGCGAAAGCACGUUUAGGAUCGAUCGUGCAUUAGAAAACUCCUUCAGCAUUAUGUUUGACAACCAUGAAGAAUGAAGACAAAAUGGAGUUUAGCAGAGUUCUAGAGGAAAUUAAGGCUAACUUCAAUGACAAGUAUGAAAGAGAACAGGAAGAAAUGGUGGUAUCAUGGGCUCCAAGUCAUAGUUCAGGACCAAGGCCAAGGAGAGAGUUCUUACUAAGGAAGCUGCCCAGAGAUUGAACUA